GCAGUGCUUCUCAGACCACCUCUGGUGUAAAGAACCAACUUAAAAAAAUUUUCAAUCCAUUGUGACUAUUUAUUUUGUAAAGUGCAAAAGAACCAAAACCCCAAACCAAAGAACUAAACCCCAAACAAAAUGGAAGUAUGGAACUGUGAAUGAAAGAUAAAAAUAAAAGCUCAAUUUUUUAUUAUAUUUAAUAGAUAAAAUUGCUUCAAAAAUAUAAACAGAACAAGGAAAUAGAAAAAAAAUUACACAAGUUGUACACAUUGUUUAUUGAAAAUGUGUAUACAAACCAAUUAAAAUAUUAAUGAAAUAAUAAUCUCUUGCACACUGGUAGCAAACCCUGGUCUGCAGACCACACUUUGAGAAACACCAGUUUUUUGGAUUAGGCAGCUAAGUCACUUUUUAUACUACUAUUUAUGUUUUAUAUUAGAAAAGAAAGACUUAUUCCCCUCCCCAUUUUAGAAUAAAGUACAGAUUUUUACCUGACAGUAUGAAUCUAGGUGUUUAUGUUAGCCACCCGACUGUCAGAUUUUCUUUAAAUCUCUGUGUUGAUUUUUAAAUGAUUCAUUUUUCCCUAAUCUGAGAUAUGUUCUGCCAUACCAUAAUUACUGUUGUUAAGCCAAGAUUGCUAGAAGCUUGUGAGCUUGUGAGAAAAAUUAGGAACUUGGUGGUAUAAGUUGUUUUUAGUUUGUCUCAUUACAUUUUAUAUGUCAUCUAUCGAGCACCUUAGAAACAAAGCUUUUCAUGAAAAUUAAGUAUUUGCACGAGUGUUGUUAUUUUCAUUUCUUGGUUUGGUCUUACAAUUUUGUUAGCAUUUAUGUUUUACAGUCAAGCUGUGGAGCAUUGUACUGUUUGUCUUAAGUUCUUCACAGGCAAGUACGAAUCUGUUGCUUCAGAUCUUUAAGCAGCAAUUUAUAGAUCUUAAAUUUUUGCAUCACACAAAAAACUAAUUAUGUGAGGUGAUGGACAUGUUAACUGAUAUUAUUGUGGUGAUCAUUUCACAGUAUGUGUGUGUGUCAAAUCAUUUUGUACGCAAAUUUACAUAAUGUUAUAUGUCAGUUAUAUCGCAAUAAAGCUGGUGAAAAAAGUAAGCUGCGACCUGGGCUUUAUAUCAAGGCACCAUCUUUGAUUCUACAAUGUCCCAGAGAUUAUUAGUAUUUGGUUUGGAGGGAGUAGAAAGUAAUAUUUAAGUUAUAUUGAGGUUUUCUACAGUGUAUAUGCAGUGAAAGAUAAAAUAUCUUUAGACUCAGUAGGAAGUCUUUUUUCAACAGUUCUUUUGUUUAUAUGACUUCAAGCAAGUACUGUCUGUGGACAGAGAUUUAAAUCUUACCUUUUCGUAUUCUUUGUAUUAUCCAGUUAAAUGACUUUAAAAUUAGGUUUUUGGAAAGUUAUCUCUGCACAUAUUUGUAUAAGUUAUGUUUGUGUUAGAGAGGGAAAUGUAUACCAUCUUUGGCUGUUUUUCUUUAGGGUACUUCUUCUGCAAUUACUUUUGGAUGGAAGUAUGCACUUUCCCCAAUAGAAGAUGGUAAUCUCAGAGAAUGACCAUGGAGAAGGGGAUGAGUUCUGGAGAAGGGCUGCCUUCCAGAUCAUCUCAGGUUUCGGCUGCUAAAAUAACAGUCAAAGAGUUGGGAACAAAGCAAUCCCAUAAGGAGAAGCGAGGGGGCUUUGUGUUGGUACAUGCAGGUGCGGGUUAUCAUUCUGAGUCCAAAGCCAAGGAAUAUAAACAUGUAUGCAAACGAGCUUGUCAGAAGGCAAUUGAAAAGCUACAGGCUGGUGCUCUUGCUACAGAUGCAGUGACCGCAGCUCUGGUGGAACUCGAGGAUUCUCCAUUUACAAAUGCAGGAAUGGGAUCUAAUCUAAAUCUCUUGGGUGAAAUUGAAUGUGAUGCCAGCAUAAUGGAUGGAAAAUCCUUAAAUUUUGGAGCUGUUGGAGCACUGAGUGGAAUCAAGAACCCAGUCUCAGUUGCAAACAGACUCUUGUGUGAAGGGCAGAAGGGCAAGCUCUCCGCUGGCCGAAUUCCUCCCUGCUUUUUAGUUGGAGAAGGAGCCUACAGAUGGGCAGUAGAUCAUGGAAUACCCUCUUGUCCUCCUAACAUCAUGACCACAAGAUUCAGUUUAGCUGCAUUUAAAAGAAACAAGAGGAAACUAGAGCUGGCAGAAAGGGUGGAAACAGAUUUCAUUCAACUAAAGAAAAGAAGACAAUCAAGUGAAAAGGAGAAUGACUCGGGCACUUUGGACACAGUGGGCGCUGUAGUUGUGGACCACGAAGGGAACGUUGCUGCUGCUGUCUCCAGUGGAGGCUUGGCCUUGAAGCAUCCAGGGAGGGUUGGACAGGCUGCUCUGUAUGGAUGUGGCUGCUGGGCUGAAAACACUGGAGCUCAUAAUCCCUACUCCACAGCUGUGAGUACCUCAGGAUGUGGGGAGCAUCUUGUGCGUACCAUACUGGCUAGAGAAUGUUCACAUGCUUUACAAGCUGAAGAUGCUCACCAAGCACUGUUGGAGACUAUGCAAAACAAGUUUAUCAGUUCACCUUUCCUGGCCAGCGAAGAUGGCGUGCUUGGAGGAGUCAUUGUUCUCCGAACUUGCAGAUGUUCUGCAGAGUCUGACUCCUCCCAAGAUAAGCAGACACUUCUAGUGGAAUUUCUGUGGAGCCACACGACAGAGAGCAUGUGUGUUGGAUACAUGUCAGCCCAGGAUGGGAAAGCCAAGACUCACAUUUCAAGACUCCCUCCCGGUGCAGUGGCAGGACAGUCCGUGGCAAUCGAAGGUGGGGUUUGCCGCCUGGAGAGCCCAGUGAACUGACCCUCAGGCUGAGCAUGAAGCGUCUGAGAGGCAUUUCAGAACCUGAGCUUUUCGGGGUUUUUAACUGAACUUGGAUGUUUUAUCUUCGCCAUUUUAUAAUUCCUGUUGCAGCCUCGUGCACUGCUCGCAACACUAGUGCUGCCGUGGUUAGCGCUUAGUGACAUGCAGGUCUUCGGCAGGUGACGGGACUGAGUGUGCGUGUGUAUGUGCGUGUGUGUGCAGUGCGUGUGCUUGCUUCUCCCCUGAUGAAAUAGAAACUCCUUACUGUGUAACCUAAGACCGGGAAUGACUAAAUCAUCUUCACAAAAUGUGUGCUUUACUGUUUACAAGUAAAACCUAGAGUUGCAGGAAACAUUUUUGAUUUCAUAAAGAGGUACCAGCUGUUGUUGAUGUAAUGUGUCCGAACUGAAGAGUAAAUCUACUUGUUUAAAUGAUUUGACAGUGGUAGUGCUCCAUUUAAUAACAGUAAUAAGUGAUACAGUGUUUUAUUUGUUAACCAGUUUAAGUGGAUCCUGUGGUAACUUAAACUGUUAUUCUCAUCCCUCGUAUGGGGCAUUUUUCUUUAACAAAGAAUGGUUUCAGUGAAACAAUCUAGCAGAGAAUUAAGGUCAGAACCUUUUUAAAUAAUAGUCUUAUUGAUAAAGUUUGUACUUCUUUCCUCAAGCUUUUCUAAGCUUAAAUACUGCAUAUCUUCGAGCUAUAUGUACUAUAUUAUGAAAGAAUAUGUAAAGAGAACAUACAGUAAUGCACAGUCCCUAAUUUGUGUAUAAUGGAAUGUUAUUUACAAUGUAACACUGUAAAUAAGAAAGCAAAAUUUAUGGGAAAAUUCAAUAUUAUCUUUGUUUCCUGUUUAAAUAUAUUUUUAAGAUAAAGGCACAAAAAUAAAAGAAGCAUAUUACUGGGUACAGUGUGUGACUCCUCUUCUUAGACUAAUAAAUUAAUCUUUUGAAUCCUAGAUUGGAGAGCCAUUUUUUAUUUUGUUUGUAAAAAGUUACUUCUUCCAGAAAUCAUCCCUUUAUCUUUGUUGCUAUGAUUCUGAUAGUUCAAAACCUGUCUUUGUGCAGUUAGGCCUGGACACUAACAUGAUGAAAGUUGAACUUAGCUCAUGAUUGAAUGGCCAGUAUCAAAAUCCCUAAAAUGUUUAUUGCGAGUUGAUAAAAACUAACAAAGGGAAGGAGUAAGACCACUUUGGUUUGAAAAACUGUAGUGGCAGCUGAAAACUCGAUGGUUUCAGCUGAUAAAUUGCUUCUAAAUGUUAUAGUUAGUGAUUCUGGAGCCACAUAAGAAAACCAAGACUUUUCUUUUGAUUUUAUGUGUAAGAAGUGGCUAUCAAGAAGAUACUAAAGAUAGACUCACUCAGGGAGAGGAAGUUCCCUGCACCAUAUAAUCAUGGCUCGGGCGGUAACUGAUAAAGCCCCAGAUGAAAUUAUAUACUUGACAUCGAUGUAUGGCCAAAUUAUAAAGGAAAGACAACCAAAAUGGAGUGGGUGUAAAUAUGAAUGAUUUGGGAGUUGCUGAUUUAUAUUCCUUGUACAGGCAAUUACAUUUGUCUCGCUGUGUUCUCGUAGACAGGUUGGUGCCAUGAUAUCUGUUUCUCAUUCUUAAUGAGGCUGAGAACUUAGUAAGUGAUGGGCUGGCUGGUGGGGAGCCUUUGGCUUCAAAAGCUUUCAAAGACCUGUUACCUGUUGGCAGAGUUUUUUGAGGAACUGGACUGGAUCACGUAAAACUAUCAGGACACUUUGGAGUCUGAAAAUCAUCUGACCUAUUUCACCAGGAAUGCCAUUUCUUUUCAUCUUCUUUUGACUUUAUUCUACUCAUAUUUAAAAGUUUGGGCUUGUUAAAGACCCUUUUAUGAAGAUUUUAAAAACUGGUCAGUAUAAAAGAGCACAGCCCCUCCAAGAACAGUUUGUUAAAGCUUCAUUCUCCAAUUUCUUUUUUCUUUCUUUCUUUCUUUUUUUUGUUUUUAAAUUUAAGGAAUAUUGUCAAACCAGGAGGGAAAAAAAGUGAUAUUCAGAAUCAUUGAGGCACCAACGUAAUGGGCAGUAUAAGUGCCUUAGUGAUGAGAUCAGAUAUUAAAGAGCAGAUACCAGAACCAGAGGAUAUUGACAGAUAUAAAAUCAACCUCAUUUCACACAAAAGUAGAAAGAGUCGAAAGAAACAGAUAAGAAAGUAACUUCAUUCCCUAGUCUGGUUUAUAUCACCAAGAUUCUGAAGCAGUAUUUUAACAUGGAUGAACUUACCGUCUGCCUAUAUUCCAUUUCCUUUUAAGACCUGAUCAUUGGAUGCUCGGUUCUCUUGAGUACAAAUAAGCCUGGUCUGGAUCCCUCAAGGCCAUCACUGCAAUCCUGCUCUGGGUUUGGAAAUGGGAAUCUUCUGGAAGGGCGAGGAGAUGGAGGCCAUGUGCUCUACCUUAAAGGAGCCUAGAGUGUCCAUGCUGUCUGAUGAGGCAUGAAGGUCUUCUCCAGGACUGUCCUUCUCGCUUGUCAGCUCUGCCUCUCCUCCCUGCCUCCUGUGUGUCUGCCCAGAGCAGACCCUUUCUCAGCUCUUCACUGCUGCUUCUAAACAGGAAGUUGAAGUCCAAUAUCGAUGUAUGUAUAAAUCCGUCCUAAAUGCUAGUCUGUGGUGCUUAUCUGUGAGCAGAAAUGGAUGAAUUGCAGUUUAUGGCUAUAGGAACCUCUUUGUUGGCUGCUCAAAAGUCUUUUUUGCCUAAUUCCUCACUGUCUCCCAUGUUUGAGAGGUGGUGAUGGUGCAUUGUAGUUACCAGCAAAUAUGCAAGGUUUGGCUGUUUUGAAGCACUGGUAGGAGGGGCAGGGAGGAAAGGAGGCUGUGAAGAAGGGAAGAUUUAGAAAAGUGCGGAAAUUAUUCUUGAAUCUUGAGAUUGUAUUAAAUUAUUGUGGAUUUUUUAAAUGUUUACUUGUUUUUGAGAGAGAGAUAGGGUGCAUGGAGGGGUGGGAGGGCAGAGAGACUGAGAGUCCCAAGCAGGCUCCUCACUGCCAGUGCGGAGCCUGACGUGGGGCUCAAACUCAUAAACUGUGAGAUCAUGACCUGAGCCAAAAUCAAGAGUCCGAUGCUUAACCAACUGAGCCACCCAGGCACCCCUGUGGAUUUUUUUUUUUAAUCUGGUCAUUGUUAUUAUAAAAGCAAUUCAUGCUCAUUACAAAAAAAAAAAAAAAUCAGAAAAUAGGAAAGCAAAAAAACAAAACAAAACAAAACUCAUAACUCCACUUCCCUAGAGACAACAGUUAACACUUUAUCUUGUACCCUUUAUGACCUUUUUAUGCAUACAUUUUCUGUGUUUUUAACACCAAAAUGGGUUUAUAUAACCUGCCAUUUUCACUUAAUAAUGUCAUAGGAAGAUGUCCAGACUUAAUAAGAAUUCCCUCAUUUAUUAUUGGUUCAGCUAAUGUUGUUCAGUACAUAUAUUUUAUCCUAAGACUUCUGUGGAAAUCUGUCUCAGUACUAACAGACUAACAAUACAGUCAGCAUCUGUUUUCUCAGGGUGCAGAUCCCUGCAAUGAGCACUGUGAGGUCUUACUUGCCCUUGAAAGCCAGCUGAGCAGGUGUCCUAGGGCAGACCAUUGCCAUUGCCCAUUGAUCCUCCAUUGCAGAGUGCCCCCAGACAACAUGUAAAGGCUAGUAUCUGCACCUCUAUGCCUCAGGACUUGUUCUGGAACCAUAGAAAACUGCACUGUCCCUGCACACAGCAGGCCAGAAGUGUCAGGGAAUCAGCACGGCCCAGAAGCAGCUCACAGUUGAUGAACGGAAGUUGUAUGAGCAUACUAGUUCCUUUGCUUCUUGGGUGGUAUAAGUCGGGUGUGUGUUUCACACUGUGUUUGAGAGAUUUUCCAUAGAAGUUAAGCUUCAGUUACCGCCUGUGGCAGUUGACUUAUUAAUACACCUUGUGUUGACUUUUUUCCCUUCCCUAUGCCCUUCUUAGUGCCCCUGUUUUAUGAUUCAUGGGGUCAUCUCCCAGAUGAACUGUUUGUACUUGCCACCCUGUCUCAGGGUUGCUUCUUGGGGACUUGAAACUAAGAAACAAUCCAUUCUACAUACUCUUGGCCAGGAGGCAUUUAUACCCUCUUCUGAUUGAGAGGAUGAAUUCACCAGUCUACUUGUGCCCUGCACUGGAGUCUCUUCCUGCCUUGUGCUCCUGAUGAACCAUUUUAAUCCAUAAUAUCUGAUUGAAUAUUCUCCAAGUGAUAAGGCUGGAUGUGCCACAAAACUGGAAGGAAGAGAGCCUGGGAGGCUCAGCUGAUUAAGUGCUGACUUUGGCUCAGGUCAUUAUCUCACAGUUCCUGAGUUUGAGCCCCAUGUCAGGCUCUGUGCUGACAGCUCAGAGCCUGGAGCCUGCUUUGGAUUCUGUCUCCCUCUCUCUCUGCCCCUCCCCCACUCAUACUCUGUCUCUCUUUCUCUCUCUCUCUCAAAAAUAAAUAAGACAUUAAAAUUUUUAAAAAAAGUGGAAGGAAGUUCAUAGCCAAGUCAGUGAUGACAGGCACCCGACAGCAGGAGACAAGUGCAUACUUUUAAGGAGGUAGGGAAUAAACAAGCUAAAUAGCAGCUCUCCAUCAAGGAUUGAGGGACUCCUUAAGAGAAAGAAACUGGAAUUGUGUUAAUGGGACUGGGAAGAGACCAUAGCCAAAGGUGUGUUAUGAAGUUAAGAGAUUUGAAGAGACCGAAACAAUGGUAGCCAGUGUUCCCAUGUCAUGAACACAUGUCCACCAUGACCAUGCAUAACAACUUCAUAUGGCACCCACUUUCAGAAUGCCACCUCUCAAGCCUAGAUAUCCCCAACAUAAUUUUGUGGUUAAUUUUUUUUAAAAAUGCCUCCCAACAUUUUUCUUAAAAUAUCUAUUAACUUUUAACGUUUAACUAAAAUGUUUAUUAAAAUCAACUUUUUUUUUUUUUGACAUAAACCCUACAAUUGCUCAACAUUGUGAAUCCCUUUGUGCCAUGAAGCCCAGUCUCCUAUCCAACUUAAGCUUGCAGUGGUUAGUCAUGGGCUGAAGGACCAAAAGGGGACUAUGGGCCCUCCUCCCAGGAACACUAGUCCAAGAAAAGAUUGAGCCCAGAAAAAAUGACCCCGUGUGAAUAUGAUUAAUUUCUUUUACUUUAGCUAUGUUCUAAACCUUCCCCAAAUGCAGAUUAAGCAGGGAAAGGAGAUGUGGGUGUGUAAACGUGGUGAGCUAUAUAGGUGGGAGUGAGUGAUUGGGAGGUUGACCGCAUAAGAGUAAUCCUUUUACAUUAAUAUUUGCCCUGGGACAUUAGGAAUUCUUAAUGAAUACACCACUUUUCCCCAACACUUAAUUUGGGUUCAAAUUCAUAAGGUAUUAACCCAGAUGCCUAUCAUCAGAGACCUACAGGCUGACCAGAUUAACCAGGCAGUUUUUCUUUGCCCAUAUACUGCUGUCUCUGAAGUGUAUGGCCACAGGAAGGAUUAAAUCUAAAACUGGCAAGAGCCUCCCUCCAAGACUCUGCUCUCAGCUUCCAGAAGCCUGUCAGCCAAGCCCGCGGUGGUUCACCGUGACCAGUUGUGGAAGGCGGGAGAGAAAGCAAGCACAGUGGUCUCUCCUUUACAUGCUAGAGUCACUGAAGCCCUGAAACCACAGUGGCAAAGCUGGAAGAAACUGGGUUUUUCUCUGCCUUGAUGGGGAUUUCACUGAUUGUCAACAGAACUUCAGAAGCUGGAAAGAAAAAAAUGCUAAACAGUUCCUUAAUCACUGAUGUCACUCUCCAAAAAGGUGCUCCUAAAAUGGCUUUUUCUGGCCUUGGAAAAUCCAGGAAGAAGAUUUUGUUCUAAUAUAUGAAGAAAAAUAUGUUCUUUUUCAUUUAUAAGUAGUAAGAUUAUAAUCUGUCCACCCACGUUUUUCUCCAAACCUGUUAACUAACAGUCUUUUCCAUCUAGUUAAUGGUAACUCCAUCCUCUUGGGUGCUUGGGUCAAAAUUCUUGGCGUCCUCUUUUUAUGUUUCUAUUGUUGCAUAACAAUUCUCCCCAAAUCUUACAACAACUAUUUUUUUUUCUCACAAUUCUGUCAACGUGGCUUGGCUUCUCUCAGUAGUUUCUCUGUGGCACUUGCUGGUAGUCACAGGUGUGCUGCAUUCAGCAGGAGUGUGAACUGGGGGUUGGGCUGGAUGAGCUUCCUUUUUUUCCACAUGCAGGCUCAGGGCCUUUCCCUCUGCUCGUGACCACUCUACAUGGUCUUUUCAUGCUGCUUCUCCCAUAAGACAUGGCAGCUCAAGGUUCCCAGGAGCAUAAAAGCAAAAACUACCAGGCCUUUUUAAGGUUAGGUCAGAACUGGCCCAGCCUUACUUUUGCCACAUUUAUUGCUUAAAUCAAGUCCUCUGGCCCACCCCAGAUUCAAAAGGGGACUGCAUACCUGUAUAAAUACAGAGGGAAGGGUCUUUGGGGGCCAUCAACCUGAAAUCUUUGAAUCUACUUCUUCUCCUAUUUUACAACUGCAAGAAACUCUGCACAACAGAGAACAAACUGAAGGUUGAUGGAGGAAGUUGGGUGGGAGAUGGGCUAGAUGGGUGAUGGGUAUUAAGGAGGGCACUUGUGGGGCACCUGGGUGGCUCAGUCAGUUGAGCAUCUGACUUCAGCUCAGGUCAUGAUCUCGCGGUUCUUGAGUUCGAGCCCCGCGUCGGGCUCUGUGCUUACAGCUCAGAGCCUGGAGCCUGCUUCAGAUUCUGUGUCUUCGUCUCUCUCUGCCCCUUCCCUGCUCAUGCUCUCUGUCUCUCAAUAAACAUUUAAAAAAUUAAAAAAAA